AUGCAGUUCUUCACCACCGCCCUCACCGCCCUCUUCGCCGGCCUUGCCCUCGCUGCCCCGGCCAUCGUCGAGGAGCGCCAGACCUACACCCCUUGCUCCGGCCUCUACAGCACAUCGCAGUGCUGCGCGACCGACGUCCUCGGCGUCGCUGACCUCGACUGCGCCAACCCCCCCUCCGUCCCCACCGACGCCUCCAACUUCAGCGCCGUCUGCUCCGCCAUCGGCCAGCGCGCCCGCUGCUGCGUCCUGCCCAUCCUGGGCCAGGAUGUCCUGUGCCAGACCCCCGUUGGCGUUGACUCUUAA